AUGACGACAUUCCCCGAAUUGAUCGAAAAGGCCUUUGCCUCAAAACCGGCAAACGAGAUCCGAAAUGUCUGCCUCAUCGCUCAUGUUGAUCACGGGAAAACAACUUUUGCCGACUCGUUGGUAACCACAAAUGCGCUGAUUUCAAAUCGGAUGGCCGGAAAACUUCGAUAUAUGGAUAGUCGUUCUGAUGAACAAGAAAGAGGGAUCACAAUGAAGUCAUCUGGGGUUUCAUUGAUUUAUGGACCGUUGCUCCUCAAUUUGAUCGAUUCACCUGGUCAUGUUGAUUUUUCUUCCGAGGUCACAUCGGCAUUGCUACUCUCCGAUAUUGCUUUGCUGUUGGUUGAUGUGGUUGAAGGCGUUUGUUCUCAAACCCAUACAUUGAUGAGACAAGCUAUCCAAAACGGGCAAACGAUUAUUUUGGUACUGAACAAGUUGGACAGGUUAAAGGUAGAGCUUAGGAUGUCUUCGAGUGAAGCCUAUCGUCAUAUUGUUCGUCUACUAGAAGCAGUGAAUUCGUCGUUGAGUCAGUUUGUUUCUGGCCUUACUUUGGAAGAUGACACUUGGGGUCAUAUGGAGGCACUCGAACAAAGAGUCCAUUUUGAACCACAAAAGGGCAAUGUGUUAUUUUCAUCCGCCACACAUGGGUACGCAUUUGGAGUGAACGAAUUUGCCGAUAUUUGGACGGAGCGAUUAAAGAUCGAUAAAUCCGAGUUAGCUCAACAUAUGUUUGGCGACUUUUAUUUAAGUGGAUCAAAAAUACAGUCAGAUGCGGCAUCUCGCGGGAAAAAGACGCUUUUUGAGCAACUCGUCUUGGAUCCACUUUGGGCCCUUCAUGAAUGUGCGUUGAUCGAUAUGAAUUUGGAGAAAACGAUAGCUCUAGCUGAAAAAUUGGGUAUUAAGGUAAAAACAAAACGGCUACCGGACGCCUUCGAUGAGACGCUCAGGCUUUGGCUACCAUUAGCUACAACUUGUUUUAGAGCGUGUGCCCGAGCCAUGUCAGCUUUAAAUGCUUUCAAGGAGCCACAAAGAUUGGACAAAAUUCUAGCCAAAUCGGACUCUCUUCGUGAAUCGAUUGCAAAGUGCUCUCCAGAUGGGACGACAAUAGCUUUUGUGGCAAAAUUUGUGCAUUUCGAAGAGUCACAACUAUGCAUCAUUCGGGUAUUGAGCGGCCGCAUAACGAAGGGAGAUACGCUCUACCUUGCUGGUAAACGGAAACUUGCUGAAAAUAAAGAUGAGAUCACUACAGUGAUAGAACAAGUGUAUGCGCUACGGGGGCGUGAAAUGAUUGCUGUCUCUUCGGCUGUUGCUGGUGUAAUCUGUGCGAUUAAAGCAACAAAUCUAGUACCAAAUGCCACCCUCUGUUCGAUACCAAUUGAGCAAGGCCUUCAAAUUGGCUCAGAAAUGGGAGAACCGCUCGUUCGGGUUAGCAUAUCUGUGCCCGAUUUGGACAAGAUGGCCGCUCUUUGUGAAGCUUUGCGAUUGAUCGUUUUGCUGGACCCAUCAUUAAGAGUUAUUGAGCAAGAGAAUGGAGAACUAGCUCUAUUUACCGCUGGAGAAGUUCAUCUACAAAAAUGUCUGAAGGAUUUGGCGGAUAUGGGUUUUUCCAAGCUUGAAGUUUCGUCGCCAAUUGUUCCUUUUCAAGAAACUGUCAUACCGGAUCCGAGUUUCACUUUUACGGAGAUCUCUCAACAGGAAACGCAAUCUCGACUUCAAAACGACACACUGCACUUAAAAUUGAGAGUUGUUCCAUUGUCUGAGGAAGUGGUCACGUUACUCGAGAAAUCAAACGAGCUUCUUUCUGAAAUCAGAAAAAAUACAUGCGAUGGCAACAAACUUUUGCAUUUCAAAGAAAAAUUGAUCACAGCCGCCUGCCAAACGCUUCCAGUUUUAAAAGGAUCAUAUUGGUUCAAGAAAAGCGCAGAAGAGAUUACUGCGUACUUCGACAAAAUUUGGGGAUUUGGUCCAGAAAAGGCUCGAGAAAACAUUCUUUUCAAUUCUAUACCGGGAUAUGAGCAGAGGAAUGCUUGGAGAAGCGAUGACAUUCAGUUGAGGCCUUUGGAUAACAACAUUACGACUGGAUGGGAGCUUUUCUGCGGCGGUGGUCCGCUAUGUCAUGAGCCACUGAGGGGAGUGGGUCUGAUUCUAGAAGAAUGGACUGUAGAUGAAACUGAUACAGCAGCAGCUGGUCAACUUGUUAAUGCGAUGAGACAAACGUGCACUGCUGCCAUGAAAAAACAUCCAGCAAGACUUGUUGCGGCAAUGUACAAAUGUGUGAUUAGUACGACGAGCACAGCUCUUGGUAAGGUUCAUGCAGUGCUUGCUCAAAGGAAAGCGAAGACAUUAUCAGAAGAUAUAAAUGAAGCAACCGGCCUCUUUGAAGUUAACGCAGUCCUUCCGGUGGUCGAGAGCUUUGAUUUUUCCGAUCAUUUGAGAAAGCGAACAAGUGGAAUGGGCAGCGGGCAGCUCGAGUUCUCACAUUGGCAAAUCAUAGAAGAAGAUCCCUACUGGGUGCCUACAACGCAAGACGAACUCGAAGAGUUUGGCACAAAAGGCGACUCGAUUAAUCAUGCGAAGGGGUAUAUGGACGCGAUUCGGCGACGCAAAGGCCUACCCACAGAAGAUUUGAUUGUAGUCUCUGCGGAGAAACAAAGAAAUCUCAAAAAGAAUAAA